AGUGAAUGCGUGCGUCUAGCAAAAUCAAGCGAGGGCUACGUUACCGUGAAUCGGCGAGUGGAGGCUGGCUUUACCCCAGUGUAGUAAACAGUUGUCUCGUUACCUUACUUGUGUCUUGUGGGUAGAGUCUCGCAACCUUUGAACAGGCAGCGGUGUCAGUGCACAACAGCUCUGCUUUGCCUCACUUUAAUAAAGAGCUGACCUCUGGUGAGUCUACACACAGAGGAUGUUUCCUGCCAGCAGAUACUCCUGUAAAGCACACAGGUGUAUCAGGACAUUGACAACACUACAGACAGAUCAUGUUGUCCCUCAGCUAUACACACAUGUACACAGGAGGGCAUGCUCCUCGCUGUCAACACCCCGCAUCACCACACACUACACUAUCCAUCCUCGAGAUAAAGAUCCAAGAUGGCAAGAUAUUGAAAUGGAAAGGUUUGCUGAUGAGGCAGACGUGGUGAUCGUGGGUGGGGGCCCUGCUGGACUUUCAGCUGCCAUUCGCCUUAAGCAGCUAGCCAACCAACAUCAGAAGGAGCUGCGAGUGUGUCUGGUAGAGAAGGCAUCUCAGCUUGGAGCACACACUCUCUCUGGAGCCUGUUUGGAGCCCAGUGCCCUCACCGAACUCUUCCCUGAUUGGAAGGAACGAGGGGCGCCUCUGAACACUCCAGUGACAGACGAUGUGUUCAGUAUUUUCACUGAGAAACACAGAAUUCCUGUUCCCAUUUUGCCAGGUCUGCCCAUGCGGAACCACGGUAACUACAUUGUGAGGCUGGGUAACCUUGUCCGUUGGCUAGGGGAACAGGCCGAGGAGCUCGGAGUGGAGCUGUACCCUGGAUAUGCUGCCUCAGAGGUCCUAUUCCACGAGGACAGAAGUGUAAAAGGUAUUGCCACUAAUGAUGUAGGCAUCGCUAAAGACGGCUCACCAAAGGAUGUUUUUGAGCGAGGCAUGGAGCUUCACGCUAAAGUCACAUUGUUUGGGGAAGGCUGCCAUGGCCACUUAGCCAAGCAGCUUUACAAGCAGUUCAACCUUCGUGAGAACUGCGAACCCCAGACUUACGCUAUCGGCCUUAAAGAGUUGUGGGUGAUUGAUGAGAAAAAAUGGAGGCCUGGCAGAGCGGAGCACUCUGUGGGCUGGCCCCUGGACAGGCACACAUAUGGAGGAUCCUUCCUGUAUCACCUCAAUGAAGGAGAGCCUAUGGUCGCCCUAGGCUUUGUGGUUGGUCUGGACUACUCCAACCCCUACUUGAGUCCUUUCAAGGAGUUUCAGCGCUGGAAGCAUCACCCCUUCGUAGAGUCCACGCUGGAGGGAGGCCAGAGGAUCGCUUACGGAGCCAGAGCCUUAAAUGAGGGAGGAUUCCAGUCCAUCCCAAAGCUGACUUUCCCAGGAGGACUCCUCAUUGGUUGCAGCCCAGGCUUCAUGAAUGUUCCAAAGAUCAAAGGGACCCAUACUGCUAUGAAGAGUGGCAUAUUGGCUGCUGAGGCCCUUUUCCCUAAAGUCACAGCAGAAAACCUGGAUUCAGAAACAGCAGGGCUCCAUGUACCUGAGUACAGUGACAACCUGAAAACUUCCUCUGUGUGGAAGGAGCUGCGUUCGGUGAGGAACAUUAGGCCAUCCUUCCACAAUCCCCUUGGCCUGUAUGGUGGCAUGGUUUAUACUGGAAUUUUCUACUGGAUCUUACGUGGAAAAGAGCCCUGGACACUCAAACACUGUGGCAUCGAUGCAAACCAGCUGAAACCAGCUAAAGAUUGCACACCCAUCGAGUAUCCUAAGCCUGAUGGGAAAAUUAGCUUUGACCUUCUCUCCUCUGUGGCCCUGAGUGGCACCAACCACGAGGGGGACCAGCCUCCACAUCUGACCUUAAAGGAUGACAGCGUCCCAGUCGCCAGGAACCUGGCCAUUUACGACGGACCUGAGCAGCGCUUCUGCCCUGCAGGUGUGUACGAGUACGUUCCCGUGGAAACCGGAGAUGGGAUGAGGCUGCAGAUCAAUGCUCAGAACUGUGUCCACUGUAAGACCUGUGACAUCAAAGACCCGAGUCAGAACAUCAACUGGGUGGUGCCUGAAGGAGGCGGAGGACCUGCUUACAAUGGAAUGUGAACUUCAUUUGUUUGUUUUUCCUGUUUGUCUUGAAGGAUUUUACAGUAUUUUCACAUUCAGGGUCACAGGAAGGUCCAGAGUACGUGCCUCAUUAUGAUUAUUGUACUUCGCUGCUGUCUGGGUGUACAAGAGUUAAGUUAUGUGUCGUUUUAUCAGGCUUGAGAAUUGAAAACAGGACCAUGUGGAAGUCCAGCUGUUUCUGCAUUACCUUUGUGGGGCAUUUAAUUCAUCAGACUGGCUCUUGUUUUUAAGAGGAAUAUUUGACCAACAGCAAUAGUUAAGUUUAUUUCUAUGUUGCAAAAUUAAAGGAGCUGUACAAAUAAUGUUUAAGCAUCACUGGUGGCAUUUCUUAAGAAACAAAACUAUUGCAUGGUGUCACUAAUAAUAAAGAACACUUGACGGUU